UUGCCAGCAGCGACGGUGGGACGCCGCCUUCCAGGCCCAGCCAAUGAGAAGGAAGACUGCUGUCCCAAUGAGCGCUUCGGUCUGCUUCCGGCAUUCUGCGUGCUGCCUAGGCGACGGGCCGGAUGAUUCCAAAGAGGGCGGGGGGAGGGGCUGCGAUACUUGGAGUUCAUAAGCUUUAAAAAAAAAAGAAACGCGGGAUCUCCCCGUGUCUCCCCCGACUCCUCCGUGAGAGUGGAUCCGCCUGAGGAGCGCUGGGGGUCGCUGCGAGCCGAAGCGCCGCGAACUUCCAGGAACCCGGGGCUUCUACGUCCCUGCCGCCGCUCUCAGGGGGCCGGCGGUUCUCCCGACGAAGCCAGCAGGGAGACAGCGGGCUCGGUCAACAGAGAUGAAACGGAGGAGGCUAUAGCUCACCUUUAAGAUGGAAAAUUUUAUUCUUUAUGAAGAGAUUGGAAGGGGAAGCAAGACUGUUGUUUAUAAAGGACGAAGGAAAGGAACGAUUAAUUUUGUAGCCAUUCUUUGUACUGAUAAAUGCAAAAGACCUGAAAUAACCAACUGGGUUCGCCUUACCCAUGAAAUUAAACACAAGAAUAUAGUCACUUUUCAUGAAUGGUAUGAAACCAGCAACCACCUCUGGCUUGUAGUAGAACUAUGCACAGGUGGUUCUUUAGAACUGGUUAUUGCUCAAGAUGAACACCUUCCUGAAGAUGUAGUGAGAGAAUUUGGGAUUGACUUGGUGACUGGAUUACAUCAUAUUCAUAAACUUGGAAUUCUCUUCUGUGAUCUUUCUCCUGGGAAGAUCCUCUUGGAAGGGCCUGGCACAUUGAAAUACAGUAAUUUUAGCUUGGCCAAAGCAGAAGGUGAAAAUUUGGAAGAGUUCUUUGCUUUGGUGGCAUCAGAAGAAGGUGGAGGUGAUAGUGAGAAUACACAGAGAAGAUGUAUGAAAAGUAGAAUCAAAGGUUCUCCCAUCUACACUGCUCCGGAAGUUAUUAAGGGGAUGGAUUUCUCCAUAGCAAGCGAUCUGUGGUCUUUGGGUUGUCUGCUCUAUGAAAUGUUUUCAGGAAGACCACCAUUCUUCUCAGAAAGUUUUUCUGACUUAGUUGAACAGAUUUUAUAUCAAGACCUUUUGCCACCUACACCAAAAGAUAGUACUCUUCCUGAAGCAUCUUCUGAAUUUGUUAAUUUACUUGAUGGAUUACUUCAAAAAGAACCUCAAAAAAGAUUGACUUGGGCAGGUGUAUUACAGCAUGCGUUUUGGAAGGAAGCUUUUAAUAGAAAAGACCGUGACUCUCCAAACACCCAGGAUGCCAGUUUCAGAAAAAUCAUGGAGCAUUCUUUACCUGAAGAAUGUGAAGAGCUGUUGAAAAGCACAGAGAAUGUGCAGACUACAGGGGUGAACAUCAGCCAACAAUUUAACAAGUCUUUUAAACUAGAAAAUCCAGCAGAGUUGCGGCCCAAGAGUGCUCUUGGAAGUGGUCAAUUGAAUGAAUCUAUAUUUCUUCUCAGUUCUCGCCCUACUCCUAGAACCAGCACUACAGUAGGAUUGGGCCAUUCUGGUGUUGUAACCCAUAAACCCUCCCUGCAGGCUUCUCCUUCCAUGGAGGUGAAAAAUCCAUAUUUAUCUCAGCAAGACAUAGAGUCCAGAAUGAAGGAGCUUAUCUAUACUGAUGCUGACCUCAUUGUGACUCCAAUAAUUGAUAAUCCAAAGAUAAUGAAACAACCACCCAUUAGAUUUGAUGUGAAAAUGCUACAUUUGCCAGCACAUACAGUUGAGAAGUUAAUAUUAUUAAAGGAACAAGACUGGCAUGAGUUUUUACAACAAGUCUGUUCCCAGCUGGACACCACUGAGAAGAGCACAGCAGCCUCACGGACUAAACUCAAUCUGCUUUGCUACCUGUGCACUGUUGCCAACCACAAGGAAGUAGCCACAAAGCUGAUCCACUCACCACUGUUGCCCUUGCUAAUCCAGCAGCUCCGAGCAGCUCCAAAUUGGGAUAUACGGACCAAGGUUGCCCGGGUGAUUGGAUUGCUGGCAUCUCAUACAACUGAACUGCAAGAAAAUGUGCCUGUCACUGAGGCAGUUACUCUCUUAACUGAACUAAUUAGGGAAAACUUCAGGAACAGCAAAUUAAAACAGUGCCUUUUACCGACCCUUGGGGAACUCAUCUACCUUGUAGCUAGUCAGGAAGAAAAAAAAGAGCACCCUAGAGAAUCCUGGGCUGUUCCCUUGGCUGCUUACACUGUGCUAAUGAGAUGCUUACGGGAAGGGGAAGAACGCAUUGUGAAUCAUAUGGCAGCAAAGAUUAUCGAGAAUGUCUGCACUACCUUUUCUGUCCAAGCCCAGGGCUUUAUUACAGGAGAAAUUGGACCAGUUUUAUGGUACCUCUUCAAACAUUCCACGAUAGACUCCCUAAGGAUAACAGCUAUAUCGGCUCUAUGCAGAAUCACACGCCAUUCCCCUAACGCUUUCCAGAAUGUGAUUGAAAAGGUGGGCUUGACUUCAGUCAUCAACUCCUUGGCAUCUGCCAUCUGCAAAGUGCAGCAGUACAUGUUGACCUUGUUCACUGCUAUGUUGUCGUGUGGAAUUCACCUCCAGAGACUCAUUCAAGAAAAGGAUUUUGUUACCACCGUUAUCCGUCUGUUUGACAGUCCUUCCACUUCCAUUCGAGCAAAAGCUUUUCUGGUCCUUUUAUAUGUUUUGCUCCAUAACCGAGAGAUGUUGCUUCUUGGUUGCCAAGCAAGACUGGUGAUGUACAUUGAAAGAGACAGCAGAAAGGCCACACCAGGAAAGGAGCAGCAAAGCGGCAAUGAGUACCUGUCAAAAUGCCUGGAUCUUCUCAUCUAUCACAUUGUGCAGGAACUGCCAGGAAUUCUGGGUGAUGUUCUCAAUGCAUUGGCUAAUGUUUCUGGCCGCAAACAUCCAUCUACGGUACAGGUUAAGCAGCUGAAGAUCUGUCUUCCAAUGAUGCCUGUAGUGCUUCACCUUGUGACCUCACAGGUAUUUCGCCCUCUAGUUGUAACUGAGGAGUUUCUUUUCAGUUGUGGCACUUUGCUUAAUCAUAUUAAGUCCAUAGACUCAGGAGAGACCAAUAUAGAUGGAGCCAUAGGUCCAACAGCAUCAGAAGAAUUGAUCAAGAUUACUUUAUUAGCUUUUGAAGCAGUAACACAACAUCCAGCCUUGCUGACGCAUUUUCGCUCCACGGUCGUGGACUAUAUCCUCCCACCCUUGGUCUCUUUGGUUCAAAGUCAAAAUGUGGAAUGGAGACUCUUCAGUUUGCGGUUGUUGUCAGAAACCACAUCAUUGCUUGUCAGCCAUGAAGUUGUGGCGGAGGAGAAGGAGGAGAGCCUGAAUUCCAACACCAAGCUUCUGUCUCUGAUUAGAGAUGUACUGCUUCCACAGUAUGAGCAUGUCCUCAUGGAACCUGACCCUGUACCAGCGUACGCUCUGAAGCUGCUGGUAGCUAUGACUGAACAUAAUCCAGCUUUUACCAGCCUUGUUGAAGAAAGCAAACUGAUCCCAGUUCUUUUUGAAGUAAUUCUGGAACACCAGGAAAGCAUUCUGGGGAACACCAUGCAGAGUGUCAUCGCCCUACUCAACAAUCUGGUUGCUUAUAAAGAGUCGAAUAUGAAGCUGCUCUAUGAACAAGGGUUGGUCCGUCACAUGUGCAGUCUUUUAAUUGAAACCUCAGCCCUGUACCUGGACAUGGACAACAAGAACAACAUCAAGACCGCCAAUGCUUUGCUGUUUUCCCUGCUUGACAUUCUGCACUGCAUGCUCAUCUACACAUCUAACAUCGUUCGGAUGACACUACAGGCCCAGAAGAAUGGUACAGGAGGGGACACUCAGGCUGCUGAAGACCUUCUGCUUGUUAAUAAACCUCUGACAGACCUAAUUAGCUUGCUUAUUCAGCUGCUUCCCAGCGGAGAUCCUGAGAUAUUUGAGGUUUCGUCAAGGUGCCUGUCGGUGUUAGUUCAGCUGUACGGAGGAGACAACGCAGACAGUAUGUCUCCAGAAAAUAUGGACAGCUUUGCUGAAUUACUGAAGUCCAAGAAGGAUCCCAAGGAACAAAAGCUGCUAUUGAGAGUCAUAAAAAGGCUGAUCACUUCAAAUGAGAAGCACUUGGAGAGCCUGAAGAAGGAUGGUACUGCUCUUAUCCGCUCGCUGGAGGCCUUGGCCCCACCUACCAGCCCCCAUGAGAACGUUGUUGUUUCCUUGGCUAAAGAAAUUCUCGAAAUAGUUGGACACCAAAAAUGAAGGCAACCCGGGGGGUCUUCAGCAGCACCGCCCUGCUGUGCCUCCAGGAUGAGGACCCACCACUGAUGUCAGGGCGCACUGGCCGCAGUCACCUCCAAACCUCAGGGCCAUCAAGAAUGGAUUCAGAAAGUGUCUUUAAGGGCAAGUGCAGUGAGGUCAGCACUUUGCUAAGUCACCCUGUGAAGGUCACUUUGGCAUUCUAGGCACCAUGAAACGCAUGGACAAAUAAAGAGUUGGGUGUCUGAGGCCUUUUGUCCUUUCUUCCUCCCUCCCCUCCCCUGGGGACAGGUGCAAAAGUGAGCUCCCUAGAAGGCCUUUGGAAGCUGGUUUGAGGUUUACUCUUUCUCCCCCUUGUUUGGAUUUCUGGGAU